AUGGAGCGAGGCCACGGCGACGGCGGAGCUGCAGCAGCUCACAGCAGCAGGAAGGGAGACUUUAGCAGCAGAGGCGCUCCUUCUGGCCCUUCUCCGGAGCUGAUCCGGCGGAAGCUGGAGCAGGUGAUGGGUGGGCGGGAGGUCUUCCGGCGCAGCGCCACGGCCUCUUUCCGGCAGUUCGACGUGAGCGCUUCUGGGCGUUUGGCCUUCUCGGACGUUUCGAAGUUGGUGAAGCGCCUUUGCGUGAAUUUGCAGCUUCCCCCAGUGGAUGAGUCGGCCCUGCGGAAGAUAUUCGACGCUUUCGAUUCUUUGGGUCGAGGCUAUUUGGAGCUCGAGGACUUCUGCCGUAUGUACUGGGAAAUACUGUGUCGCAUUCGAGAGAAGUACUACCCCGAGAAGACGAUGCGCGUCCGCCGUUCUCUCUUCGUCGGCAGACGCAACUUGGCGCACACCGGCAUUGCCAUCACAGACCUUUUCACCUUCGUCAAGAAGUUGGGCUCUGGCUCCUUCGGCGAUGUGCACCGAGUCAUUGAAAAGAGCAGCGGGCUGGAGCGCGUGAUAAAGACAAUAAACCGGGACCGGAGCCAAGUGCCUCUGGAGCAGAUCGAAGCGGAAAUCGAAGUUUUGAAGUCGCUGGACCAUCCCAACAUCAUUAAGAUCUUCGAGGUCUUCGAGGACUACCACAACGUCUACAUCGUCAUGGAGACCUGCGAGGGAGGGGAGCUGCUGCAGCGGCUGGUGGACGCGCAGAGCCGCGGCAGCGCCUUGACUGAAAAAGCUGUCAGCUUAAUUAUGCGGCAGCUGAUGAACGCCCUGGCCUACUUCCACUCCAAACACGUCGCCCACAAAGACUUGAAACCCGAAAAUAUUCUUUUUCAGGACAAGUCGCCAGACUCGCCAAUUAAAGUUAUUGACUUCGGCCUGGCGGAGCUGUUUGAAAAGACUGACGCGCACAGCAAAAACGCAGCUGGCACUGCACUCUACAUGGCGCCCGAAGUCUUCAUGCGGCACCUCUCGCUGAAGUGCGACGUCUGGUCUGCGGGAGUCGUGAUGUACUUCUUGCUGACGGGCUGUCUGCCAUUCAGCGGGACCAGCAUCGACGAAGUCAAGUACAAAGUCUGCAACUGCGAGCCGGACUACGCGCGGGAGUGCGCGCACCUGACGCACGAGGCCGUGUCGCUCAUAAAGUGGAUGCUCAUCAAACCCGAAAGCGAAAGACCAACGGCCACCCAAGUCCUCAGACACCCCUGGUUCAAACAGGCCGACCUCAAAGACAUCCACAUCUCCCCCAUCAUUUGCGAAAACAUGAAAAAAUACAUGCGACAGUCACAUCUCAAGAACGCACUUGUGAAUCUGAUGGUCCACCAGCUAAAUGUCACUGGACCUCAAAUUCGACAAAUCAACGAAAUAUUUCGCCAGCUCGACAAGGACGGCGAUGGAACAAUCUCCCACAGCGAACUCACCGAAGGUCUGGCCCAGGUGGGCCUUCCACAGUGGGACAUCAACAGAAUCAUUCAGUCCAUCGACGUUGACGACUCUGGGAAUGUUUCGUAUACAGAAUUUUUGGCCGCGUGUUACUCAUGGAAGGAGUCGGAGCUGAAUGUGAUAUGGACAGCAUUUCAGAAGAUGGACAAAGACGGCGACGGGAAAAUAUCGGUGCCCGAGUUCGAAGCUGUCCUGGGCGGCGAAGACUACCGGCUGGUGCCGAAGGAAACGAUCAAGUCGCUGGUGGCGCAAAUCGACAAGAACGGCGAUGGGCAGAUUGACUGGGACGAAUUUUUGCAAUACAUGAAACUCAACUGA